AAAGCUCACUACUUUUUCAACCACUUUCUUCCCCUUUUGUUUCAAUUCCUUCCAAAUCCUGCGCAAAGAAACACCCAGUGUUUCUAUAAAUUUUCACCCAAGAAAUCAAUUUCUUGCUUCUUAAGGAAAAAACAAAAAAAAAAGGGGUGAUUUUCCUUUCUCCGUUUGAAUUUUCUGCUCUGCACAAUGCAACUUUACGGACAAGUACAGACAUGAAUUUUCUGCUUCUUGGGGUGAAUUUGGAUUCGGGUUCGGGUUUGGAUUUGUAUUUAAGUUCGGAUUCUCUGCUGCUGGACUGUCCAGAUGGGUUGCUGUGCCUCCAAAGUUGACGACUUGCCGUUGGUUAUCCGUUGCCGGGAGAGAAAGGAUUUGCUCAAAGCCGCUGCCGACCACCGGUACGCUUUCGCGGCGGCGCACCUGUCGUAUUUUCUCUCGUUGAAGGACGUCGGAGAAGCCCUGAGGAAAUUCGUCGACGAGGAGCUGGUUGUUGCCGCGUCGUCGUCUUCCGAUACCACGACGUCGUCUCCAGUGAUCACAUUGCACCCCCUCGACGACGAAGAUGAUGAUGGGGAAGAAGAGAAGAGAGGGGUAUUGAUGGACAAAACCAGUAGAAGCUUGGGUAGUGGUGGAAACGAGGGUAAAAGUAAGAAAAAUAAAGGUAAAAAGAAUUCGGGUGGGUCUGGAUUCCAUCACCAUAGCCAUGAAAAUGAUGACAAUGAAUCGCAUUUGCAUUUUUCUGAUCAUUCAGAUGAUAAUGGCAGUCACAUACAUUCGCCUGGUGAGGAUGCGGAUGAAGAUGAAGGUGAUCCUGGGCAUAAUAGGGGAAGAAGAGGUGGCGGUGGAGGUGGUGGGGGAGGGGGAGGCUGGCGGUAUUCGUAUCCUGAAGAUUAUUCAGUUCCAUAUGGUUAUGGUAUGAUGAAUGAUCAGCCUACUCCUCCUCCUCCUCCUCCACCGGCGGUUUACUGGGGGCCUUUUGGAAAUUAUUUUGGAAUGGAGCCUCCCCCGCCUUACCAAGCUUGGGCGCCGCCUUCUUAUGAAAAUCCCUAUGUUAAUUACCGUCAUACUAAUGUUCAUUACAUGAAAAGUUCGUCUCCGGCGACAAAGACGGUGAUUCAUGGGGCGGAGCCAGCGAUGAAUGGGUUCUCGAGUUCGUUUUAUAGCUACCCUUAUGAGAAUGAGGGCUUUUAUGGGUUCCCAAUGGGGCCUGGGCCUUCUCCUUCCCAGCAGGGGAGGGAGUUUGAGGGUAGAAAAUCGAGGAGUGCCCGGGCUGAUCCGCCACCUCCCCCGUCUCCCAAGGCGUCUACUUGGGAUUUCUUGAACCCUUUCGAUGCCUUUGAUAGUGGUUAUUCGGGGUAUUAUGGUUUGCAGGCUGGAUACGGGAAUGGAUAUGGACAUGGAUCGAGUGUGAGUAGUCCGGAUUCAGCUGAGGUGAGAAAGAGGGAGGGGAUUCCGGAUUUGGAGGAGGAAACAGAGCACGAGGUGUAUAGGGAGGUGGAGAAAGGGAAAACAGCAAAUGAGGAUGUGAAGAGGAGUUUGGCAGGGGAAGGUAGUUCGCGGUCUAGAGGAGAGCCAUUGCAAAGGAGUGGUGAUCAGGAUGUUCCUGGGAGAAUGCCGUUGAGAAAGGGUACUGAGGGAAGCUCAAAAAGUGUGCCAUUGCACAAGAAUGAUGAUGUUAGUUCAAGAUCGGUGCCCAUGCCAUCAGCAGAACAACAUUUUAGUGAAAGAAGUUCGAAAGGAGUGACCUCGGAUAACAACGAGGGUACAGGAUCAAAUCAUUUGACUGAUGAUAUGAGCAGUUCUGAGACUGUUUUAUCGUCGAAGAGCCCUGACGAUGUGAAUGUGAAGAAGAAGGAAGUUAGUUUUGAGGUGGAUGACACCUCAAAGCCCGACGUUGAGUCCACAAAAUUGAGUAACUUUACUGCAUUAUCACCUCAUGGUACUCGGGAUCUUCGAGAAGUUGUUGCUGAAAUCCGGGAUGAAUUUGCGAUUGCCUCUAAUUAUGGGAAAGAUGUCGCUGUGAUGCUCGAGGUUGGGAAGCUGCCUUAUCAGCCAAGUUUCUUUAGAGUGGUUUUAUCCAGGAUUCUAUACCUGAGAUCACGAUCCUCGUCAUCUUUAUAUCAAUCAUCUACAAGCUCCGUAAGAUUAGCUGCUAAAGCAAAUAAAUUUGCAGAAUCCUACUUUGGUGAACUUUGGAAGGACAUUGAGUCAAAGCCAGGUAACCUUUCAGCUACUCUGGAGAAGCUUUAUGCCUGGGAGAAGAAACUGUACAAGGAAGUAAAGGCUGAGGAAAGACUUAGGGUUAUUUAUGAGAAGCAGUGCAAGAAGUUGCAGAUUUUGGAUGAAAAAGGUGCCGAACCUAACAAAAUUGAUGCUCUUCGGGCUUCAAUUAGGGUAUUGGUGACAAAACUGAAUGUCUGCAUGAAAACAAUUGAUGCAAUAUCAAGCAGAAUACACAUGUUGAGGGACGAGGAGUUGCAACCACAAGUCGCUGACUUAAUUCAUGGGCUAAUUAGAAUGUGGAAGGCGAUGCUUGGUUGUCACCAGAAACAAUUCCAAGCUAUCAUGGAAAGCAAAACUCGCACUCUAAAGGCAAACACUAGUUUUCUAAAAGACUCAAGCUUGCGAGCCUCUCUUGAACUUGAGAUGGAACUCCGGGCAUGGUCUGAUCGUUUUAGUGACUGGAUCAAAACCCAGAAGUCUUAUGUUGAGUCACUAAAUGGGUGGCUUCUGCAAUGCUUACAGUAUGAACCAGAAGAAACCCCUGAUGGACGUGCUCCUUUCUCCCCAGGGCGGCUUGGAGCUCCUCCAGUUUUUGUGAUAUGCCAUGAUUGGUAUCAAGCAAUGGAAACUAUAUCUGAAAUCCGAGUAGCAAAUGCGAUGCAUAACUUUGCUUCAAGUUUGCGGGAGCUCUGGGAAAAGCAAGAUGAGGAGCAACGUCAAAGAAUAAAAGCACAGGACCUCUCAAAGGAUAUUAAGGACCGACUGAAAACCAUCCAGAUGGAGAGAGGAAAAAUACCUCGUGAACAAGAUGCAAUGUCAGACAAAACUGGUGUUUCUAUUGUUCCAUCAGAAAGUGGAAUUUCACCAUUGGAUGAUUUGACAGUGGACUUAGAUUUGGUAACAAAGAAGUUGGCAGAGGAGAGAGCAAAGCACAAGACUGCCAUAAAAAUAGUGCAUGAUGCAGCUUCAAGUAGUGUACAGGGAGGUUUGGUUCCCAUUUUCAAGGCCUUGGAGAACUUCUCUUCAGAAGCCCUGAAAGCACAUCAGCGAGUAAGGUUUCGUGUUGAUGGGGCAGAGUCAAUAGGGUAGAUAAUCAGUUUUUUGGUCUGUGGGCUAGUUUCUUGCAACUUGAAAAGAGCCCCUGCAAAGCCCUUGUAGCAGUAAUAUAUAGGGAUGAUUCUUCUAAUGUUUCAUUAGGAGAAAUUUUUGGAGGUAGGUAUAACUUUUUGUAGGGUUUUCUGACGGUUGUGAAACCAUUUCUCCAAAUCUGAAGGAGCAGGCUCUAGAGAUCAUUGUGGGAAAAUCCAGCUAGUGUCUUAGUUUGAGAUUUUGUAGAUCACUACAAUCGAUGGGAUUAGGUAAGAUCUUGUACAGCUAUUCAUUGAUUUAUUAAUUUCUUGUUCAUUUAGUGGAUGAUUUACUGAUAGGCUGUUCAUGUGGGUAGAUUUUGGGGUUGUUGUAGGGAAAGCUUAGAAGGUAGAAUUUAUCUUUAGUAGUUGA